AUCUGUGUUUGACGUUUUCUCGUUCGUUCUUCCUUCCCAUUAGUCAACAAACCAAAAAAUAAAAAAGAGUAUUUCUAUACUCGCACUUCUACUUUCAACUUCCAUCUCGAUCUUCCUCACCCUUGGCCAUUUCCUGCCUUUUUCACAAGUUAUAAUUUUUUUGAUUGAAUUUUCCAUUCAAAAGCCGUAACCUUUCCUUCGUGGACUUUAUUGUGACUGUUUGUAUCUCUCUUUCAUACCUCAACUUCAUAAUCUUCUUCUUCUUCAUCAUCAUCCUAUUGCCCUUCUUCCUUGUCUCUGCUCUUCAGGGCGUAGAAGUGGCUUUAUUUGAAGCAUCAGCUUGACUGUUAGUAGAUAAGCUGGUCACUGCUGUAUCAUAAAGUUAUGACUUUAUUUUCUUGCUUCUGCGGUGGGAGUGAUUCUUCAAGAGAGCAGCCUUUUGAAGUUGAUGAUGAACUUACCAGCAUACACAAUGCUAAACUCUACACUUACAAAGAAUUAAGAACCGCCACUGAAGAUUUUAGUGUGACUAACAAAAUUGGAGAGGGUGGUUUUGGUUCUGUAUAUAAGGGACAGCUUAAGGAUGGGAAACUUGCUGCCAUAAAAGUUCUUUCAGCUGAAUCAAGACAGGGGGCCAAGGAAUUCGUGACAGAGAUUGAGGUGAUUUCAGAAAUAGAGCAUGAAAACUUGGUAAAGCUCUAUGGUUGCUGUGUCGAAAAAAAUCACAGAAUCUUAGUCUACAACUAUCUUGAGAAUAAUAGCCUUGCACAAACACUUCUAGGUGUAGGCCAUAGCCAGAGUAACAUCCAAUUUAGUUGGCGAACAAGAGCUAAAAUAUGCAUUGGUGUUGCACGAGGGCUUGCAUUCCUUCAUGAGGAUGUACAACCUCACAUUAUUCACAGAGAUAUUAAAGCAAGUAAUAUUCUCCUUGACAAAGACCUGACACCCAAAAUUUCUGAUUUUGGUCUUGCAAAGCUUAUCCCACCCAACAUUACUCAUGUCAGCACCCGUGUGGCUGGAACAAUAGGUUAUCUGGCACCAGAGUAUGCUAUAAGGGGGCAAUUAACAAGAAAAGCAGAUAUUUACAGUUUUGGUGUCCUUGUUGUGGAAAUAGUCAGCGGGAGAUGCAACAAAAAUGCACAGUUGCCUGCCGAAGAACAAUAUCUUUUAGAAUGGGCAUGGGAUUUAUAUGAGCGAAGGGAGCUGGUUGGAUUGGUAGACACUGCAUUGAAUGGGGAUUUUGACACUGAGCAGGCGUGUUUGUUCCUAAAGAUCGCCCUUCUCUGCACUCAAGACACUCCAAAGCUCCGGCCAUCCAUGUCAUCUGUUGUGAAGAUGUUAACAGGUAAGAAAGGAAUCAACAAAAUCGAAAUAACAAAGCCGGGGCUAAUCACCGAUCUCAUGGACCUGAAAAUAAGAGGUCACCAAAACACUAAGAUAGAACCAAAGAAUAUUAUCUCUCCUGAUAAUAGUCCAGACAACCCAGCUACGCCAAACUUGUUAUCUGAAGCCACAAGUUACUCAACCUUUAAUACAAAUGAUAGAAGCACUGAUACCUGGAGUGAAGCAAAAUUUGUCAAGUAAUUUUUUUUUCUCAUAUUGAGGCUUAUAACAAAGCCAUGUAAAUUUUACAACCUUGUGCUUGUUUAUAUUUCUUCAUGGCUCAAACAAGUCAUUUAGUCUGAAGUACUAUCUUGUAAAUGGAACAAGUUUGGUGAAUUAGAGGAAAUUUUUGCUGUA